AUGGCGGUUGUUCCGACGGUGCCGGCCGCCAUUUCCAGCUUCCAUUCUUUGUACGUCGGCGACCUCCACCCGGACGUCAACGACAGCAUGCUCUGGGAUGCCUUCUCCGAGUUCAAGAGCGUUUCGUCCGUGAGAAUCUGCAGAGACUCGAGAACCGAUCGCUCUCUUUGCUAUGGCUACAUCAACUUCGGUAACCUCCAAGAAGCAAUUCGAGCUAUAACGACAAUGAAUCACAGUACUGUUCAUGGGAAACAGAUAAGAGUCAUGUGGUCAAAUCGUGACCCUGAUUCGAGAAAUAGUGGACUCGGGAACGUGUUUGUGAAGAACUUAUGCGAGUCAAUAGAUAGUAUGGGGCUGCGAGAGUUGUUCCAGAAAUUUGGGUUCAUUCGAUCUUGCAAAGUGGCCACGUUUGAGGAUGGGAAGAGCAGAGGCUACGGUUUUGUUCAAUUCGAGACUGUGGAAGCUUCAAAUGCUGCUAUUCGGGAAUUGAAUGGACAAACUGUUGGAGACAAGCAGAUAUAUGUGACGAACUUCGUCAGAAAGAUGGAUCGGAUGUCUAAUCCUGAUGCCAAAUACACAAAUCUGUACGUUAAGAAUUUGGACUCAGAUGUCAGCCAAGAGCUUCUGGAGGAAAAGUUCGAGAAAUUUGGGAAGAUUAUUAGCUUGGCUAUUGCAAGGGAUGAGAGUGGAGCGCCAAAAGGCUUUGGCUUUGUGAGUUUUGAUAACCCUGAUGAUGCUAGACAAGCUCGGGAAGAAAUGAAUGGAACCCAACUCGGCUCCCGGGUUCUGUAUGUAGCAAGGGCUCAGACGAAGUCCGAGCGUAAGCAAAUCCUUCGUCGUGAGUAUGAGGAGAAACGCAAGGAGCAAAUUCUAAAAUACAAGAACUCAAACGUGUACUUGAAGAAUAUCGAUGAGGAUGUCACCGACGAAGAGCUGAGAGAACAUUUCACUCAAUGUGGUGCUGUCACUUCUGCAAAAAUUAUGCGAGAUGACAAAGGAAUAAGCAAGGGUUUUGGAUUCAUUUGCUUCUCUACACCCGAGGAGGCCUCUAAAGCUGUGAACACUUUCCAUGGAGUUAUGUUUCAUCGGAAACCAUUAUACGUGGCUAUCGCUCAGAGGAAGGAGGAAAGAAAAGCACAACUACAGCUUCAGCAUUCACAGCGUAUGCCUACAGGACCAUCAGGACCUUCAUCUCCUCUUAUCCCUGGAGGAUAUUCUCCUUUCUACUACCCAGCUUCUUCUGUUCCACAUGUGCCUCCUCGGCCAGGGUUAAUGUAUCAAUCUAUAGGGAUGAGGCCAGACUGGAUGGCUAACAGCUUUGCUCCCCCAACCAGACCAGCCUUCCAACCAUCACCAGUCCCUGUAAUUCUUGACGUGCAGAUGCCAAAUGCUCCAAGACCAAACAGGCAAAACAGAGGCAGGGUGAAUGGGCAUAUGCUUCCAAAUGUGCAACACUUGCAACAGCCUGCGAACUUUUCAAAAGAUUCAAUCAAUCACCAGCGCGCUGGACAAACAAAAUACAUACCGAAUGGGCGUCAACGGGAGAUAAAUAGAGGACCAUCUUGUGUCUCAUCUGCUGCUUCCAAUUCUUUUGGAGUUGGGUCUCCUGGGCCAGAGACGUUGAGUAGCAUGCUCGCUGCUGCCACUCCUGGGCAUCAGAAACACAUACUUGGAGAGCAUCUGUAUCCACUUGUCCAAAAACACAAGCCCGAACUCACCGCGAAGAUUACGGGGAUGCUUCUGGAGAUGGACAAUUCAGAGUUGCUGCUUUUGUUGGAGUCGCCCGACUCUUUGGCUGCCAAAGUCGACGAAGCUGUGGAGGUGCUCAAGAUCUCGAAUGCCAAAGUACCAGGGCAAGAUGCUCUUCAUCCCAAUUACCUGUCUGCUGAGGUUGCAGUCAACUGA